UUCCUCUUGUUCUUAUUCUUAGAUAUGCGAGGACACUCGUGCUCGUGCAACGCUAGGUAGCCUCGUGGCAGGGCUGGCUGGGCCACAAUCUUGAUCUUGACUCUCAUGGUUGACUGCUGGGAUCAAAGCUUCAGAAGUCAGGAUCUAUCGUCUAGGAGCAUUACGUGAGUGGUUUGAAGAUGGAGCUACCCGACGACGUCCUGCUCCUGAUCCUCGGCUUUUUGAGUCCAGGACAGCUGCUGCAGUGCCGCGCUGUUUGCCGCCGGUGGAGUCACAUGGCGUUGCAGCCGUCGCUGUGGCGGGACAAGGCGUUACCAUCCAAGCGCUGGGAAACAGUCGACCCGAAACUGGCCUCCGCCGUGCUGCGUCUGGCGCCGUGCUUGGGCCGUCUCGAAGUUUCAAGCAGCAUGCACGAUAAAAGCGGACGGCUCCUUACGAGAACUCACUGCGCUGUUUCGGAGCUCAAGUUUUUCUUCUACGCGCAGGAGACAUCCCUCGCGGCGCAGGUCCUGGCCAGGCAAGCUUCUCUUGGGAGUUUGAAACGAGUUCGUUUCUGUGUCUCUGAUUUUUGUAAACCUAUAAACGAAUCCUUCCAGCGCAAACUACGCGCAUUGCUGCACCAGAUUCUCAACACUCAUGGACUUGAAUACAUCUCGCUGAACCUCUGUGAGCCUGAACUUCCGGCCCUUUCGAGCUCCGACGAAGCCAGGGAAGUUCCUGUGCCGGCAUCUCUACGCCGCCUGAAGUACUUCCACCCCUACCUCGACCCUUACUUACCUCUCCACCUGAAGUGGCAUGCGGCCACGCUUGAGGACGUCAGCCUCGCUCCGGCCGUCCCCCGCGCGGCGUUCCUGCUCUCCUCCAUGCCCCGCCUGCGCAGGCUGCAGUGCACCCUGCAGGAGGACAUGGAGGUCCUUCUCCAGUGUCCGUCGCUGGAGACGUUCCACCUAAUGAUCUAUCUGACCGACAAGUCCCGGCUACUCUUGCCCCAGGUGAGGGCGUUCUUGAAGAAGGUGGUGACUCGCCUGGACAAUCUCGUGCUGGAUUUCUGGGGUGGGGACGAGAGCGACGAAGCCACCGACCUGGUGCUUUGCCUCGAGGGCACCGAGACGACUCCUGCCGCGCUGCGCACCCUCAAGUUCCUCAUCUCCGAUGGGUGCCACGCCUUCGGCCCCGAUCCCACAGUGCAGCUGCGCCGCCUGGGCGCCGUCCUGCACCGCCUGCCGAACCUGACCAGCCUGGACCUCGGCGGCGCGCCGACCAGGGUGCUCCUCGAGGCCCUGGACGGCACCGUGCUGCCCGACCUCGUCGAGCUGACGAUGAACGCGCCGUGGGAAUGUCCCCACGACUGGGCGCACGGCUGGCAGGCUCGCGCGUUGAUGCGCAGAUACCGACGGCUGCACGUCCACAUCCACCCCAUGGUCCACCAGGAAUACGAGGUCUGCGAGUACUGCAGGAAGCACAAGUGCCACAAGAUUCCCGAGUUUGGUCGUUGCACCCUGUUCAGCCACUCCAAAGGCGCCCGCUGUGACGUGAAGCACGAGAAAUGCGAAAUCGCAGUCAUUGUCUCUUAAUGCUCGGUCUCUGUCGGCAGUUUCUUUGUAUUUUGAUCACGUGUUUUUAUUUUGUCAGCGUGUUCCUUUUUUAGUGAGAAUAUCAGGUGAUUCAUGCCACCUGCUGGCCGUGCUGCCUUUAAUUGUGCAUUUGAAAAGAUUGGCUUACCGAACAACUGACUGUUGGCUUGUCAAUGUCUACGGUAAGCAGUCCUGAAUAAUCAUAAUUUGUAGACUUUUUCUCUUUGUAACAUGGUCUGUCUUGAAGAAAGUGUCCACUUUACAGUUCUCAGCCUCAUCCUGACACUUUCGUCCUUGUUAGUUGACUUUCUCUCUCUAGCAUUUGAUGUUUUUGUAAAAGCGUAAUACGCACUGUUUUCGUUUUUAUUUUCACGAUAUAGUUCAGUACAUAGAUUUGUCAUGUUUUAUGUACUCUUUAGUUUAUACAUGACAUACUAACAAUUGCAUUUGUACAAUGACCAAAAUUGUGCGUAGUAAUAGUUUCAGAGAAAUUAAAAAUUCUUUUUUGCAUUUCAA